UGUUUGUGCCCUGGUUGUUGACUUGUGGAGACCCCGACUCCCUCCCCACGUCAUCGCACUCUUUUUUUUCUGUCUCUCCAUCAUUUAAGCAGCAGCCACUCGGCCUCCUCAGGAAUUCUCCACUUGAGUCUGACUCUGGCAGACAUGAAGCUCCUGUGUCUCGUGGUUCUCGUCAGCUGGGUGUCCCGGGGCGACUGCGCUCCUCCGACCUGCUACUCCCGGUCUCUGAGUCUGAGCGGAGAAGUCAUGCAGCUGCUGGACAAGAUUCACACUUACCACCGUACGAAAACGUGUGCCGAAGUUCUCCCGACCAUCUUCCUGGACGUGCAUAACGCAUGCGUCACCACAAAGCUUCGGGACUUCCUCUACGUGGUGAUGAACCACCCCAGCCAGUACUGCAGAGAGCGCCCGCGAAUGGUUCUGCUGAAGCGUAAAAUCCAGAACCUCUACACAAUCAUCACAAGAAUGUGUUAUCGGGACUUGGUGUUUUUCACAGACGACUGUGAGGCCAUAGACACCGGACACAGCAAGCCGUACUACGCUGAGGACAGACUGCAGCUCCUGCAGGAGGACAGAUGAAGAACUGAGGAGGACAGAUGACGCUAUAGUAUAACCACAGAGCCACACUCAUAUUUGCAAAAUGUAAACCUGAACUGCACAACACGUCUUUCAUUCAGGGCGUCUUCGGUACACGGCAUACACACGCGUCAUGUUCAUGUAAAAGGGUCUGUGUAGCCAGCAGACAUGUGUGGUUGCAUUCCAUCCAGGAGUGCGCGGCGUUCCACAGGAAAUUUGCUGGAUGCCAGCCAUGCCUAUGAAAACCUAAAGAUAAUAAUCCUUCAUAAGAAAUGCUUGUGAGUGGAGCUAACAGCUGCUUGUUUUCCAAAACACAUCAAAGCUCGGUGGCCAUUAAGUGGCGUUUUGAUCCGGAUAAAAAAGGCGGCGCAAGCGACUCUUAUGUAACUUGUGUAUUUGCUCUUUCACACCGUUCUGCUUUCAAUGAAUGAGAUUCUGUUGGUUUAGAUUUUGAAAUAAUCAUUUCAGUUCUGAUAAACCGUAUGUUCUGCCUGUGCUGCUUUAUGUUUGGUCCAACUACUGAUGCAAAAAUUGUGGGAAAAUCUUUUUCUGUGUGCUUCAAAGGGUUUGCAUCAUACUCACUCAAACAGGGUUUUCUUUAUUUUCAGUAGUAUAGAAACUUCAACUGACGUCCAUGCUGCCCUCCACACAAUAGUGCAAUGCGUGGGGUCGGUUAAAGGUGGAAACUGACAACGUAAUCUGGCCAUUACUGUUUGGUCAAACUAAUGAGCAUAAUAACUUGGGGAGAAUAUAAAAAGAAAUAAACUUGCAUUUAUUCGCGCCUGAGCCAAGAGAAUUCAUCUGUAGUGACAUCUGGUGGUUCAAUCGCGAGUUGCAACGUUUAAAAUAAGGAGGUGCCCUGAGAAGCAACAAUUUUUCAUUUUAUUUUGACCCUCUUGCACAAGCACCAGAUGGAAAACAGACAUCUGAACGCAGUACAGAAUAAUCAUCACUCCUCUGAGAGACAGCAUCAUUCCUCCAUCCAUAAAUAUGCAGGUUUGAAAUUUAAAAAAUAGUCCACAAAUGUCAACAACCGCAAGUUCUGUUUACACAUUUUAGGUCUGUACCUUGGAAUACAGUCUUUAACAUUUGACACAUUUAUGACAUUAUUAUUACAAGUUAUCAAAUUCUAAAUUAAUAUUCUUUAGUUGUGAGCAUAACUCAAUGCCCUUCUUAAUCAAAUCUUAUGACUAUACUCAUAUUGUCUUUAGAAAACACUUUCAAAUGGAAAAGACUCCAUGGGCACCAUCAGAAAUAAACAUUUCAGACUUCAGUCAGAGACAAAAUACAAAGUUGGGAGUGAACUUCCAGUGUACACUCAAAGUACUUGCCUUGGUACCUAUUUGAGAAGUGGAAGUGUUCAACAGUGUUAAUAUAUGGAAACAGGAAACUAGUCCCCUCCUCAGCCCUCAAACUUACACUUCCUCUGCGGUCAUGUUGAUCCUCUUCAUCAUGUUGUGUGUCUCUUCCAUUGGUUGUCUUCCUCUGGUUUGACCUGCUGCAUCUGUGCCCCUCUCCUUGACUUACCCAAACCUUCCAAAUCUGUCCUCCAUAACUAGGCGACGGUUGCCCAAGCAACUGGUGGGUUGGGACCAAAUAGUGGUUCGCAAAGCUGCUUUCAGUGGGCCUGUCCCUUCCCCUGGACAAAAUAAAACCUUCUGCUUUUAGUCUCUUCAA